AUGCCUGGCGGCGAUGAUGCCCAUGCCAAUCUCGAUCUCCUCCCGGAUGAAUGCCUGGCCUACAUCUUCGACUUCCUGGGCUCCCUUGACCGCGGAAACUGCUCUCUAGUUUGCCGCCGUUGGCUCCUUGUCGAGGGUCAGAAUCAACAUCACCUCAACCUCAGGGCCGAAUCCGAUCUCCUCCCCGUCAUCCCUUCUCUCUUUAUUCGCUUUGAUGCAGUCACCCAACUCACCCUUAAAGGUACUGAUCACCGAUUCGUCGACGACGCUCUUGUCCUCCUCUCUCUCCACUGCCAUAACCUAACUAGUCUCAAGAUCGAUAAAUGUCACGACUUGAUCGAUGCAGGCAUGAUGGCUGUCGCCGUCAACUGUAAGAGAUUGAAGAAGCUUUCUUGUCAUUCGUGCAAAUUUAGUUCCAAAGGCAUAAACGCUGUGCUCGAUCACUGUUCCUCUCUCCAAGUCAUGAGUCUUAGUGGCCAGUAUAAUGUUGAUCCUGCUGCUUCUGCUGCCGUGCCUGUCAGGUCUAGUAAUCUCAGGAGCUUGGAGAUCUUGGCGGACUGCACUGGGGAUUGGGAUAAUCUACUCACAGACAUAGUGGAACGAACCAGUACUGGACUGGUUGAGGUCCGUUUGAUGUAUUUUAGAAUUAGCGAUGUCGGCCUUGCUGCUAUCUCUAAUUGCUCGAAUCUAGAGCGCUUGCGCCUUGUUGGCAAUAGCAACUGCACGGAUAAUGCGGGGAUUGUGUCCAUCGCUAACAACUGCAAGCUCCUAAGCAAACUCUGCAUCCAUGGAAGUAAUAAUAACAAUAAGAUAGAUGACGAGAGCCUUAUUGCCAUUGCCAAAGGGUGCCCUAACCUUGAGGAGUUGGCUCUUUUUGGUAUCAAUCUUACUUGUUUGAGUUUGAGGCUGCUCGGUGCCAAUUGCCAGAAUCUCAAUUACUUGGUACUCAGGGGGAGUGACAAGAUCGGUGAUGCUGAGAUUUCAUGCAUUGCUACUACAUGCAUUGCACUAAGGUUUCUCUUCAUCAUCGACUGCCCAGCUGUCACCAAUCGUGGGAUGGAAGUUCUUUCUGCUGCCUGCCCUAAUCGCUUAAGGAUUUUUUUGGCAUUCAAGGGGUGUACCACGUUUAGGUUUGGUGGUUGA